AUGGCCAGGACUAUGCUGCGCUCCAUUCCUACUGAGGAGAAGGACCAUGUGCCAGGAGUCGGCACCCUGAAUUUGGAGGCCAUCCUGGCUGAGGUCAAGAAGGACCUUGAGGCGGCCAGGGCCAAGAUUCAAGAGCUGGAGCAUUCCUUGGCGGCCCUUAGAGAGGAGAUGGAGCCUCUCAGGCAGGCGGAGAAGGAGGAGGAGAGCCUGCGUAGGCGCCUUACCAAGCUGAAGAGCCGCCUACAGACUCAAGAGGCGGACCUUACUGCUCAAAUUCAAGCUCAACUGUCGGAGGCGGAGCAAAAGGACAAGGAGGUCCUCGUCCAGGACAUGAAUGAUGACUAUAUGGCCAUCAUGAAGAGUUCCUGGGCUGCUCUACUCCCUAAUUCCAACUUUGAAAAAUGGGAUAAGCAGUUCGCCACCUGUUCUGACGCCUACAAUGCUGAAAUUCUUGGUCAGAUAGACGAUGAGGAGGCGGCCGAAGAGGAGGAGGAGUCAUCUGACUCUUCUUCUGAGUCUGAGCAGGAAGGCGAGGCGGCAGGGGAGCCGAGGUAG